AUGAGAUUCACUUGUUUCUUAACAGUGUUACCUUUCAUCGCUAUGGCGAUCGCAUCUCCCUUGAUGGAAAGACAAGAUACAGCACCUUCAUGUGCUCAAUCAUGUUUCGACACGGUGGAUUCAUUCGGGACAUGUACUCAAGGUGAUAUUGCUUGUUACUGUAAUGACCCCAUCACGACUGGUUCAAUUAGAUCAUGUCUAGGUUCAGCUUGUACCUCCGCGAAUGCUACUGAAGCGAUUUCAUACGGAGAAGCCUACUGUGCUUCUCACGGUGCUACAUUAGGUGAUGGUACAUCAUCAUCAUCGUCAUCAUCAUCUGCAUCAAGUGCAGCAGCAACAGCUACUUCAACAUCGUCCGUUUCUUCCUCUUCCUCCUCCUCUUCUUCUUCUUCCACAACUGCAGAUUCAACUUCAGCAUCAUCAUCAUCUAACAUUGAAACAUCUUCUUCUAGAUCUUCUGCAAAUGCCGCUUCUUCCUCCUCGGAUGCUGAAUCUACUUCCAACGCUGCUGCUUCAAGAUCAUCAGGUUCUUCUGUCGUUUCAACAUCAACAACCAAAACAUCAUCCCCAUCAACAGCAGCAUCAUCAGCAGCAGCGGCAGCAGUUGCAGCUUCUCAAAAUUCUGCACAAUCUAAAUCCGCUUCAACAGCUAUCGUAACCGUAACUUCAACCAGUUCAGGUACACCUCCAACUACAGUUUCAGCUGCUGCAGCCGCUCAAUCCUCCACUUCUGGUGCACCAGUCUUAGUAUCAACUUCUACUAUUCACGCUUCAAGUUCUACAACUUCCGCAAGAGCAAGUUCGACCGGCGCUUCUUCAUCCGCUGGGAAGAUCACCACAAGCUUGACAAGUAUCUUCCUGGCUCUUGUUGGAACUUUGUUAGCUUUGUAA